CUGGGAGCUUUGUCGGUCAUUCUUCGAUUGUUGUUCGUCGCUCCCGCCAGAAAGAAUUAUUUACAUCUCUUCUCUCUUCUUCCUCCAGACGUUUACUCUUCUAUAAUCCCACUCUCUUCUACCCACUUUCGUUUCACCCACGCUCAUUUUCCUCCCACUGUCCCACCCCGUCCAACAGCGACGCGCCACAAAACCCACAAGGGCCAUCUGUUGAUCACACAAAGGCCGCAGCGACAGAAAGCGCAAUCCCCCCAAGUGUCUGCAAGAUGAGAAUACAUGCCCUGGCAGCGUUGAUAGUGCUGGCCAGCGGUCCCGUCUUUGGCCACUACAAGGGGCGAGACCAUCGCCACCACGAACGCCUCGUCCGGGACCUCCUCGCGCACGAGCCUUUUGCCUUGGAGGCACCCGAUGAGCGUGCGCUCGUGGCUGAGGUUAUCAUCCGCGCGGAACACGUCGUCGACCAGGUGCUCGUCGCCCGCGCCAACUCUACCAACGCCACCGCCACAGUCUCAACACCCAACAGCACUCUUCCUCUGCCUCCCUCCCCUGUACCCACAUCAGCACCCUCUCCCGUCCCUACGCCGCUCGACCUCUCCAUCUCCAACGCCAUGUCGUCAUCUUGCAUGACCUACCUCACCUCCCUCGUCUCCUCAAGCACCUUUAUGGCAUGCCUGCCAUUUUCGCUGCUCUUGACGACGUCGUCAGCGUACGCGACCCUGGUAUCCACCGCGCUCUCAUCGGGCAACUAUACACAUCUGAACGAGCUAGUAGGGUACACGUCCUCUCCCCAGCCAAUCAGCGAUACAUGCGAAAGCUACAUGGAGGGAGUCAUGACUGCCCUCACAAGCAAGUCCAACUGCGCCAGUGACAUUUCAAGCAAUCUCGCCGUUGUCAAAAAGACAAAGCUGGGAGUGGGCAACUAUAAAGUAAUGAAGGAGGCAGAGGCGUUGGUGGAUACGGAUACGGGAAGCUAUUGUUAUCUUGAAGCUAUUGCGAGUGAAAAGCCGGACGAUCUGUACCUGUGGGGCCUGCCAGGAGGUAUCUCUCUGCCCUCAUCUUCCACCCCCUCAUGCUCCAAAUGUUCCUCCUCUCUCCUCACCACCUAUGGCUCCUACAUCUCCUCCACAUCUACCCUCAAUUCUACCGUCAUCAAUGCCGCCGUGAAGCGCGUGAAUGAUGCCUGUGGAGCUAGCUUCGUAACUUUUACGGCUACGAAUCAGACGAGUAACGCAGAGAGAGGGAUGGGCGCUGGGAAGCAUAUUGAGGGUGCUGUAUUUUGGCUGAGGUUACUGCUAGGGGCAGCAGCGGCGGGCGGUUUAUCUUGGAUAUGAUUUUGGUCAACAGGACUUUUCUUUAUUCUCAUCGGGUGUGCGGAUCAUGACCGCUCUUUUUGUCUUCUUUUCAUAUAUACAAGUAUUCAUCAACAUUGUAAACAUCUCAGUAGGGUACAUGCAUUUGAGAGU